AUGCUACGAGUCGUGCUGCCGUUCGUUAUCGACCCGCUUUCAUCCUUUGAACAACUAGCAUUUGCAAAGCGCUCGAAUUCGUUGCACUGGUGCACAUUCAGCGCAACCCUAGCAACUAUGCCUCAACGUGGCUCACUUCUGACAUCGCGGUCAAACUGGCGAGCAUUGCAUAGCCUGUCCGGGAUGGAUCGAGCUCGCUGGUCUCGUAGAUUCGAUUUCAUGGAUCAUCUGAAAAAUCCAGAGACCGUAAUAUCAAUAAGGUCUUGCAUCGGCAUUCAGAAACCAUAUACUGCACUGUCCCAGCCCCAGGCGCCUAGUCAGUGGCUAGAAGUCCUUGUUAUGGACAACGCCCUGCCCUCAAUCCCGACUGAACCUUUGUUUCUCCGUCUUUUUGGCGGAUCGAUCGCAUGGUUCGUGGUUUCUUUCGCUACAACAGUGUCUCAACGUGCAACUUUACUUGGCUUCUGCGUCCAGCCUGAGGGAGGCUUCUGGAUCUCGACAACAACGAUGUAA